CCGCCCAAAUCGGAGAACUCUGGGCACACAGCAGAGUAAACAUGGUGGACUGAUCACCCACCAACGACUCCAUGUCAUCAACUGUCCCGACAUAACCAAAAUCCCCCUGCAGGCUCGUUAACUCCUUCACGGUGCCUUGUUCGUCUCACUGGCUCGAUCGUAACCUAAUACGUAUGCUCGGCUGUAACUAAAGCAAGUCUGCUACCUGCAUCGUAUUUCAUCCUGAGGCAGCGAGAAUGCGGACUUAGAGGCUCAGCUGGCCACAACUGGGAAAUUGGCCGCGGAUGCGGUGGUAAAGGAUGGUCCCAAGCAACCACACGAAAAUGGCACUGAGGAAAAAGGGACGUAUGCGCCACCGCCCGAAAAUGGCGCUGCAGAAAAGGGGAAGCGCGCGGAAUUUCCCCAAGGGGAAUGGUCAGUCACGUCACCCGCAAUUACACCCCCUGAGGCGGUGCCAGUCAUGAAUCCGCCCCCUUACAGAGGGGGAUGGCCAGCCGCGUCAUUGCCUACGGCCCCACCUCCCAAAAUGACGCCACCCGCGAUUCCACCCCCUGAGGUGGCACCAGUUAUAAAUCCGCCCCCUUACGGAGGAGGGAAGUUAUACCCGGCCCUCCCGGUCAACCCCAACCCCACCCCGGUCCAGGCUCACCCGAUAGCGCUGCUAAAGCAUAACAUAGACAACCAAGGGAUGGCACAUACCACCAUGACGUACCGCACCCGUACCCGACCUGAAAUGCAGGACUUAUGCAAAGAAUCGAAACUAAAACCAGGUGAAACUUUGGUGGUAUGGUUGGGGCGAUUGCUAGUGGAGUAUGGGUCGGAGACGCGGGACCAAGAUGAGGCCAGUUUCUUAACGCGUCAAGCCACCUGGAGCGGGGGGCAUGCCACUGACUUAAACACAAUAACGGGCAACACCCACUGGCCCAUUCCAGUCCCAGCUCUCGUUGCAGGUCAAGUAUGCCACAAAUCCUAUGCCUGGCAUAAUGGACGGCCGCUGAAGCCCUCCGCAGAACAGCUACUGCUGGCCAUUAUCGGAGUAUCCUACGCAUCCUGGAACCCCUGGGCGCAUCAUUUGGAACUACCGCAGCAACAACGUGAUGGGCCGUGGCCCCACCGUCACCUACCAAACCCUGGCCAGGUCCCAACCACGAUGGGCAGUAUUGAGGCAAGCGUAGAGCUUUACGGAGGAAAAGAAGCCAUAACGCUCAGUCUUCUCCUGGGCCCGCUGGCCGGUCAGCCGGUCAGGAAUCUCUAAGUGAACUGCCGCGACUACAGGUCUUAAUGGACCCUACAACCACAAGCCCCGACGAGGCUGGACCACGAUCCUCGGUGUGCCCAGUCAAGCACCUGGAACCGGAGCGGUGUCAGCCUGGCCCUCGGCGUGAAUUGCAGGCCCCGCCACCAAGGAUGCUGGAGGAGAGGGCCAUGUUUGGCUUCCUCCUAAACAACAUGCAGCUUACCAAACAACAGCUGCGCCUCUUGGGAGACGAAGACCAGCGACGCCUAGCGUCUGCAAUGGGGUUUAAGUACCAAGACAAGCCAAAAAAUGAGUGAUGGCCACCGGUCACACCGGCGGCCUGCUCAAGUCCGAUCCCACAGACCCUCGCCCCUACGCCGAACUUGUCGUCUACGACGCCACUGACCCAGCUAUACGACGCAAGGUCCUCUUCCUUUUGGACACCGGGGCGCAAAUCAAUGUCAUCACCCCGACGACGCCUCAUGCGAAAACCAAAAAGGCCAUCAAGGUCCAGGGACUACAUGCCAUCGCUGUCGCAACAAAAGUAAAGUUUACAGUGGCCGGGUACCACCGCGCAUUGGAGGCAGUCCUAGGGGGCAUCAACAUCUUGGGAAUCCCCGGUCUCAGAGCACUCGAACCAGAGGAACAAGUGUUACAAGCUCUUCCAAUCUCCGUUUCAAAAAUGGAUCAGCACAGACCUACACUUCACAACACAUCUACGUGGCGGUACAAGCCAAUCCCAAUGAAGGGGCCUCUACGGGAAGCCCUUGUCACCCUUCUACAGCGACUCGAGCAACAGGAAUGCAUAAAACCAGUGGCUGCCAGUACUCACUUAUCACCAGGAUGGGAAAUCGCCGAACCUGGAAAACCCAACGAAGUCCGGCUAGUAGUUGACUACCGCGAGGCCAAUAAAAGGUGCCAGCCACUCAUGAAGCCCAACGCUUCCACGCUACCACAAUGCCUGUUUGAAAUGGUGCAGUUUCAGAAGGGCCAAUGGUAUGGCACGACCCUUGACCUUAAAGACAUGUUCUAUUCCAUUCCAAUUGUUGAUAGCGAUGGGAUCCUAAACAUGUGUGUCGAAGGGACCGUGUACCGGUGGACAGUUUGCCCACAGGGUUACCGUAACGCCCCAGCGCUAGCCACUAGCGCCAUGAACGACACACUCAAGGACUUCCGUACCUUUUACACCUUGCCCGAAAAAAGCGAAUUAAAAAUCUGGAGCUAUGUUGAUGACCUUGCAAUUAUGGGUCGCUGAAAUCACCAAAUGCCUAACCAACCACCUCCAUG